GCGCGCGGCCCGUGCCCGCCCCUGCCGAGCCGCGGAGGGGGCGGGGCGGGGAGUGCCACGUCCUGCGCCGGGGCUUUGUGCGGAGCCGCGCCGCCCGCCAUGGGCGCCUCGCAGAGCGUCGAGAUCCCCGGCGGGGGCACCGAGGGCUACCACGUCCUGCGGGUACAAGAAAACUCACCAGGGCACAGAGCUGGAUUGGAGCCAUUCUUUGAUUUCAUUGUCUCCAUUAAUGGUUCAAGAUUGAAUAAAGACAAUGACACUCUUAAGGACCUGUUGAAAGCAAAUGUGGAAAAACCUGUAAAAAUGCUAGUGUACAGCAGCAAAACACUGGAACUGAGAGAAACAUCAGUGACCCCCAGCAACAUGUGGGGCGGACAGGGCCUGCUGGGUGUGAGCAUUCGUUUCUGCAGCUUUGAUGGGGCCAAUGAAAAUGUAUGGCAUGUUUUGGAAGUGGAACCAAAUUCUCCUGCUGCAUUAGCUGGACUUAGACCUCAUAGUGACUAUAUCAUUGGAGCAGAUACCGUCAUGAAUGAGUCUGAAGAUCUCUUUUCCCUCAUUGAAACGCAUGAAGCAAAACCGUUAAAACUUUAUGUGUACAACACGGACACAGAUAACUGUCGGGAAGUGGUGAUUACUCCAAAUUCUGCCUGGGGUGGAGAAGGCAGCCUAGGAUGUGGCAUCGGUUAUGGAUACUUGCAUAGGAUACCUACACGCCCAUUUGAAGAGGGGAAGAAAAUUUCUCUCCCAGGACAGUUGCCUAGUGCAUCACUCAGUCCUCUCAAAGAUGGCUUCACAGAGGUUCAGUUGUCAUCAGUUAAUCCCUCAGCCACGUUACCCCCGGGGUCAGCAGGCCUUGAACAGAGUCUUUCAGGACUUUCUAUUAGUUCACCCCCAACUACUGUCAGUAACGUUCUCAAUACAGGUGUUCCAACAGUUCCAUUAUUACCCCCUCAAGUCAGUCAGUCCCUUACCUCUGUGCCACCAGUUAACCCAGCAACUACCUUACCAGGUCUGAUGCCAUUACCAGCAGGGCUUCCCAACCUGCCUGAUCUGUCCAAACUUAAUUUACCUGCACCACACAUUGUUCCAGAAAUCACACAGCCUGGUUUGCCACCCCUUCCCUCCUUGCCACCUCUGAAUCUAAUGGGAAUACCACCUCUUUCAAUGCCACCCAAAUGUGUUCCUCUGCUUCCUUUGGUCACAGAGGCAUCUGCAGUGUCUACAGAUUUGCUUCCCUCCAUUACUCAAGCUGGAAGCUUUUCUGUUGACCCUGGCACCACUGCAAAUGUGGAACAGACCUCUACACUCACCUUGGAUAGCGCUACCCCAACUUUUAAGGCAACUAUUUUUGACCAAUCAAGUGAAUCCUCUGCAGUUAGUGAGAAAACACCUGGAGUCACAGAUACACAAGCUUCUGAAUCAUAACUCCAGAUCACUCUGUUGGAUUGGCUUGGUAUUUAUUUAGCCAUGGGAUACAUAUUUGAAGAGCAAGCUAUUGUUAAUUUCAUACUAGUUUGUACUUAAUCUUUAGGAAUCCUGUAAAUAAUAUGGAGGUAUAAUAAAAAUAAAAGGGGGUUUAUAAAGUGUGGUGGGAGGGGAGGAAGAGUACUUGUAUGUAACCAAAAAAAAAACCCAACGAAAUGUCAAGGUGGUAAAUAGAACUCUACUGCCAAACUUGGAGGUAUAUGUUUUUAAUAUAGGCUGACAGCCUUAGUGUGCUAGGCCUGUCCUUGCUUAUAAUUAGCAAUUUUUGCUUCUGAUAGAAAUGAAGCGGUUCUUGAGUGUGACAUUUCCGUAUCAUAGUUCUUGUUCUUUGCAAGUAUCUUGUUACUACAGUGGGGAUGAGAAUAUUUAGUCCAAGUUGUGAAUUUUAACACUGCAGAACUUCUACCUAAAGAUAUUUCUAUUGAAGUUGCUGAGUGACCUGUUAACUGACAUCUUGUUAUUCAGCUUGUACACAAAUCUUUAUUUUUAAGCUCUUGGGAGAUGCUCAAGCCAUGUUUUGUGAAUGCCGCUGCAUUGUUUCAUAUGCCCACUGUAAAAUGGCAUUUGGAAGGGAAUACAGGAAAUGUUAAAUGUAGCAUACAAUUUGGCACUUCAUGACUACUGUAAGACAAAAUAAUGAUUAAGCAUUACAUACAGCAAUAAAUUCCUGGAAUUUUA